AUGUCGCCGGUGCGGGCGGUGCUGGCGCUGCUGGCCGCGCUGGCGGCCCCGGCUGCCGCCUACUUCGUCAGCAUCGACGCCCACGCUGAGGAGUGCUUCCUGGAGCGGGUGCCGUCCGGCACGAAGAUGGGGCUCAUCUUCGAGGUGGCGGAGGGGGGCUUCCUGGACAUCGACGUGGAGAUUACAGGGCCUGAUAAUAAAGGAAUUUAUAAAGGCGAUCGAGAGUCCAGUGGAAAAUACACGUUUGCUGCCCACAUGGAUGGAACUUACAAGUUUUGCUUUAGCAACAGAAUGUCCACCAUGACUCCCAAGAUAGUGAUGUUCACUAUUGAUAUUGGGGAAGCUCCAAAGGGGCAAGACAUGGAGACAGAAGGUGGUGGAGAUACCUGGGAUGCUCAUCAGAACAAGCUAGAAGAGAUGAUUAACGAGUUAGCAGUGGCCAUGACAGCUGUAAAGCAUGAACAGGAGUACAUGGAAGUUCGUGAAAGAAUACAUAGAGCAAUUAAUGACAACACAAACAGCAGAGUGGUUCUUUGGUCAUUCUUUGAAGCUCUUGUACUAGUUGCCAUGACACUGGGACAAAUCUACUAUCUGAAGAGGUUUUUUGAAGUCCGAAGGGUUGUUUAAGAGUACUUUUCUGGUCCCGGAUUUCAGUUCACUGUCUACCAAACAUCCUGGUCACAAAAAAAGUCAUUUAGUUUCUGAACCCUCUUUACUGAACUGUAAAACUUAUUUGCUUAUGUUCCUUCCUAGUUAAAAAUGAAUUGUUUUUAUAUAUCUUCUGUAGCAAAAGCUGUGCUGAAAUCUUGUCACUUAAUUGGCAUAAUUUUUUUUCACUUAAAUCUGCCUAGUCUGUAUGCUAAGCGAGGUCCAAGCAAGCUGGAAAUGCUGUAAUUCAACUGUAGUAACAAGCAAUGUUGAUGUCUUUUCUAACUUUUUUUUCCUGUUUUCAUAAGUACUUGCAGUUCUAUCUCGGGAAGCGGUACAAGGCCCUAACAUGACUGUUUGCAUUUUUGACAUCUUUAACCCUCCAGUAGAUGUUACGAAAUCGAAAUAAUCCCUUCUUAAUUGACAUAAACUGCCAAGGAGAAGCAAUUGGAAAUUUAUUCUGAUAAUGAAUAGAAGACAGCUGACCACUUCCAAUCUAGUAUUCAUACCUAAUUGCUCUUUAAGAGAAAGUCUUCAGUAAGUAUCCUAAUUACAUCAACUUAUUCCCAAAGUUCUUUUAAAUUACAUAGUUGAUAUGAAAGUACAUUUUCUCCUCUCAUCACCGGAUGUUCGUUGUAUGGUUUUUAGUCUUUCACAGGUUUUGUAUCGAAGCCAAUUGUGUGCAGUGUCUUGGCAAACAAUGGUUAACCCUUUGGUUUUUGCAGGUCCAAAGCUCAGACUGUUGGCGCUAUUGCAGAAUGCAUCAGUGUUCGGGAAAUCUGGAUUCCUGAUGCCAAAGGGUUAAUGAUUCUGGGGGUUUAUUGCGAUGCUAUGCAGCCCUUGUAUUUAAGUUAAGUGGCAGUCUCUGCCAUUAUCUGAUCAUAAUUAGCAUAAUGCUAAAUACUGGUGUGUUUUUGUUUUCAGGCACAUGUAGAUUUGUUUUUGUAUAAAGUUACUUUCCUCGGUAUCUGAUGAUUGGUUUAAAAAUUAAAGAAGCGUCUGAUGUGGGUGCUGAGCCAGGAUUAUGUUGUGACUGAUGUAUAUUAGUUGUAAUCAUUUUU